AUAUCUAAUUCAUGUACUUUUCGCAGACAAAGCUUGUGAAUCAGGUAUUGCCAUCUUAGUGUGAAUAAUCACUUGACAUUAUGCUUACAGUUCCUUUAAGCCAGUUUUUGUUAUCGUUAUUGUUAUUGUUAUUGUUAUUGUUAUGUUUCAGUGAUUGAAGGAUAUUUUUUCUAUACUGCACUGGUAACUGUAUUUGAACCGGGGACCUUCUCAAUGAUAAAAUUCUAUGUAGUUGGAUAUGGAAUUCCAGCAUUAAUAGUUAUUGUAACAACAACAGUGAGCAUUGUAACAGAUGGAUUCCUGUAUUUAAGAAGGGAUGACGAAAACCGAGUUAACAGUUGCUUUCUUGGUGGUAAUGCUAUAUUUGCCAUGGUUAUUCCAGCAG